AUGACGUUCUUUCCUAAACUAAUAGUACUGAUGUGGGCCGACUUACUAGCGUUAUAUGUGAUGUGGAUGAUGAUGUUUUACUUAACAAAUGUAUGGAAACUCGGGUUCACUCACGCCGCCGCAAUCGUAAACAUCUUCACCGGAGCAUGGACCAUGAUGCUUUUACCUAUGGAAUAUUUGGUGGACGCAUUCAUGGGAAGUUACUUAAUCUUACUUCUUUCAAGCAUAUCUUACAGUCUUGGUAUGGGUUUUUUAUGGAUGUCAACUCCCCCAAUUCUGGGUAAAUCCCACGGUCUUUGCGGCGAAUAUCUGCCCGAAUGUAUAGGAGAUGAACAAAGAGUUCUAUUCUAUGCCGGUCUAGCUUUGAUAGCUAUUGGUCUUUCCGGUCAUUUGGUUUCUUUGGGUCCUUUUACGGCCGCACAAUUCACUGAAGACAUGCUUGAAAACAUGACCGGUAAAUCGAUUUGUAUCAUGUUUUUAUUCUCGUACUUGGCGAUACUUGUUCCAUUUGGGUCGAUUAUUGCGAUAUCGUACGUGAAGGCUUGGUCGUUUCGGUUCGGGUUGUCUGCGUUGUGUACGGUGGUGGGUACAUUAGUGUUCUUUGUUGGUUCGUGUUCGUAUAACUAUAUUGGACCUCAAGGAAGUCCUUUGACAACUUUUUUUAGAGUGUUCUAUGCUGCUGUUUCUAAGAUUUUUUAUAGACGACCCAAGAAUGUUAAGGAUUUAUACGAGAUACCUGAUCUUGAUGAACAUCAAUUGAUUCCUCAUAGCCGUAGUCUCAGCCAUUGGGAACUCAUAUUUUCUAAUCCAAUCAAACCACCUAAACGAAAAACUUGGUCGCCUCCCGAUCCCAGCCACACUUCUCUUUGUCAUAUACGACUCGCGAAAGUUGAAGCUAGACGGCUAGGCAUUGUGAUUAGCCACGGUUUGAUCGAUAAGCCAGAUGACAAAAUCCCCAUGUCAAUAUUCUGGCUACUACCACAGUUUGUUCUUCUAGGGGCGGUAGAUGGGAUACUCGAAACAAGCUUGUGUGAUUUCUUAAUGGAUCAAGUCGGGCCAUCAAUGCAAGGACAUAUACUUCAAUUUGCUUUUGGGGUUUUGGGGAUGGGACAUAUGGGGAGUGUGUUGGCGGUUUAUGUAGCUGGAAAGGUUAGCGAAAAAGGAGGGAAGAUAGGGUGGUUUCAACAUACUUUGAAUAAGAGUCGUCUCGAUAAAUAUUAUUUGACUUCAGCAUGGCUAAGUGCAGUGAAUCUUGGGAUUUAUGUGGUGAUGGCGUUGUUAUUUGCGUAUCAGAAGUCGAGAAUUGAGGAAGAUCAAGAGGCUCCGGAGGAGGAAGAAGACGAGAAUGUGGGAGGAAACGGUAGCCAAGGUCCUUUCCAAGACGAUGCUCAAUGUUUUUGUUGUUGUUAA